CUGAAACAUGAAUAAUUGGCCAACAAAUGAAUAAAUGCUUGCUCCAGUAUUAAAUUUGUAAAAGGAUAAACAUAAAUUCCUGACAAAUAUAAAUAACAGGCAGAGACUGACAUCGUUCAAAUACGGGAAUUGUCUUACGAGCGAUAAGCGGAUGAUGGCGGGAACUGUGACGAUAAGUGAUUCAUAUGCUACGUAAAUUACGCGUUGUUGUUGACGAAAGUGUUGUGUAUUACUUCGUCCUGUAGUGACUUCGGUGGUAAUCUGAAAUUCUGGUACCAUGCUAUCGCCCAUUACACUUGAUCUCAGUGACAGCAGCGAAGACGAAGAUCUUGAGCUCUACAAGAAUUCGGCAGUAUGCAGCACACAACAGCGUCGCGCUGUGGAGGAAGAGAAAGGAGGAAAGCAACAACAAAAUGCAGCUCAUCAUGGCAAGAUGCAAACAGGGUCCACUCACCAGCAGAAUUUAAAGAGAAGGAAAAAACACGUGGAUGUCAGUGUCAGUGAGACAACAGUUUCUGUGAAGGGUCCAAAGACAUCAUCCACUCCAUAUCCUCAUCAAGCAAAGAAAGCCCGAAAGGGCACACAGACUGCAGCAACAAAAAGCAGUCCAGUAAAUGUAGUAACAUCAACACAGUUUCGUGGCAAGAUUGAUUUACAUUUAUCUGUAUCAGUUCUUCCAGACACGGUUGAAAGUGAUUGUAUAUCACUCUCCCAGAAGGUUAGCAAGAGUCCACGGAAAUUUGGAAUAGGACGUGGAUCACCAAGCAAACGUCUCAGCAAGAAUUCGCCCCUGCGUUACUUUCGGCAGCCUCCUCUUACCUCAUUUUUUAACAGCAAAGGUCCUCGCCGAACACUGUUUGACAGCCCACAGAAAGACGGUAAAGCAAAAGUUGAGUCAAAAAAGACAGAACACAAUGAAAAGGAGGAAAGAGAUUCCAGCGAUUCCAAAACUGACACCAGCAGUAGCUCAGUGAGCCUAAGCAGUGAAGAAACAAACAAAUCAGGGACUUCAAAGGAACAGGGGACUCUGGCCACAGCUGCUUUGGAUAUAAAAGAAAUUAGCAACUCAUCCCCACUGACUGCAAUUGAUCGUGCUUUGGACCAAGUGCUCACGUGUCGUUCUGGUGACUUGUACACAGACAAACUCGUAGGUGUACUUGCACCAGUCUUAAGGCACCCACACACUGCUCCACUGUUGUCAAAUGAAGAGUGGCGCAUGGUGGUGUGUUACCUCUUGCUGCCACCAUCCAGCCGAACUGCUGUUACCCGACUUUUAGCCCGUCAACCUGGCUGGCACCGUCUCAGUGCAUUAGAACGCUAUGGUUCAGUGAGUGAAUUGCAGGAGAGAUUUGAAGCACCUCAGGAAGACGGGUUUGUUUCCUUAGACUGCUCCUCAGAAUCUGCCUCAGUGCUGCUGCCUUUAUUGAAGAUGCCAGAAAUAAAAUCAUUAUGCAGUGAAUUCAAUAUUGCAACUGCAGCCAAGAACAAGCCACAGUUGAUCAGUGACCUGUUGAAGCUUCAAGCUAGACAGAAAGGAGUGACAGGGAAAACUGUUCCUCUUGUCUCCCGCAUUGUACGAGCAUUAGGUCCCUGUGUGAAAGCCAGUGAUAGUUUACGUUCACUUCUGUCACGACUCUUCUUAAUCAUAUCACUUGGUUGUGCAUCUGCUCCUGAAGAUCGAACUCUUGCCUCGAUGGUGUUUCGUGUGACAAAUGUUGAAACUGGUCGUGUAAUUUACCCAAAUUGUGAAGUCAUACGCAAGAGUGUGAUAUUUCCCACUCGGGAACAUUUACUCAGGUAUGAAACUGCAAUUGGAUUACAAAAUGAAUCUAUGGUUGCCAUAGAGAAGAAAGAUUGGGCUACAGCAAGAGAGAUUGUUGCUGUUAUAGAAAAUAAUUUUAGGGAGCUCUUGACAGAUGCUAAUGAAAGAGAACAUGUUGAACAGCUCCCAUCUUUUCUGAGGAGGUUUACACCAGGCACUGUAUAUGCCUCCUGCCUGCAGUAUGGUGCUGAGGUGUAUAGAAAAUCUGGAAAGGAACAUUAUAAAUCUGCAGUUCAAAUUCUUGAGCUUAUAUUGAGCCAGAAGCUUUAUAGAACUCACCGCAGAGGAAAAUGCUAUGUGGCUUUGGCUUUGUUGCUUCAUCGUCAUGUGCGAGACCACGCUGCAGCUGCUGAGGUGGUAAUGCGUGGUCUGAGUGAGCCAGUACCAGAGUGCUGCACUGCUGCUGAGCAGCUCUCUCUCGUCCGGCGUGCUGUCAUGAUUGCAGACUGUCGCUCGAGCACCCUCCCGGCAGAUGUCAAAAGACGUCUUCGCCUGGCCAUCCUCAAUCCUCAACCUGUCAUGAAGAUUCCUGAGACAUCUGUGAAAGCUCGACAGUUGGGAGGCCAACGUGGUUAUAAGGGAAUUUACAUAAGAGAUGACCAUGCAACAAAUGAAAAACAUUUUUCCUCUGUGGAAGAAAUUGCCAUUGCCCACUACCGAACAGAAGGAUAUACAGAAGGUCUUCAUUGUGAAGGUAGUGUGGUCACUUCACUGUUUGCACUAUUAUUUUGGGACAUUCUUUAUGACACACCAGUACCGGACGCAUUCCUGUCACCAUAUCAGACAGCUCCACUCGACCUUGGAACUGAAUACUUCUACAGUAGUCGUCAGGAUUUUGUGGAACGCCGGUUAGCUGACAUUAGAACAUGGGAUCAACCACAUUUGCAGCGUUUUGUAGGGGAACGCUACGAAGAACAUCGAGACAAACUGUGUCUUGUUAGCUGGAAUUAUUUCUGCAGUGUGAAUAAGUUGACGGGACUUGUGAGAUGCAUGGGAGGACAACUGCUGGCAGUUGUAUGUGAACGACUGGUGAAAAACUUUCACAGCUGUCGCCGGGGCUUCCCUGAUCUUGUUCUGUGGAUGCCAGCUUCUGGAAAGUGCAAGAUAGUGGAAGUGAAAGGCCCCAAUGACCGUCUGUCUCCAGACCAGGAGGUCUGGCUGGAUUUUCUUUUCCGUGCUGGUGCUGAUGUAGAGAUCUGUCAUGUAGAAACAACGGGCUCUAAGAAACUUCAGAAGAAGACAGUUAUCACUGAUGACGAUUCCGACAGUGAAACAGCUUAGCACUGGUUUUAUUAUGAACAUAGCAGUGAAGCAUCUGAUUGCACCAUGCUAAGGUUUAAAAGCACAGCAAUUCAUCAGCAUGCUUGGUUCAUUUUAUAAUUGUUAACAUGCACUUCAAUACUACAUACUGUUGUAACAUUAGAGUGCCACAUUAUAUUUGCUUCAGAAAAUAAAAUGUGAAUUUUGACUUACAUUGGGGAGAAGGCCGAAGUGUAUGCAGAUGGAAUGGGUCUUGUGUAACCUGAGAUCUACCAUAAUUUGGAUCUACAAAUUAUAUGUUCUUGUGCCCAUUUGGUGUUUACUCUGAUAAGCAGGCAUUUCACUUACUGUUGCUAGAUUAAAUAAUGUACAUUAAUAACAUAUUUUUGUAUGUCUCCAACAUUUCUGGUCUCAUGAUGUGAUAAAACUUAUUGCUGUGAUAUGCUCCAUAAGUUUAAUAAGUUUCCAUUUUAUGUUUUCUAAGUUCUUUCUUUAAGACACACUGAUAUUGUGCUCUCCCUGUUUUUGGUGAAUGCUAAUUUUGAGAAAACAUAUUGACAUUUAGCUCUCAUAUAUUCAUAUGUAGUACAAAGUUACCAUUUGUAGCGGACAGAUGCAAUAAAUAAUUGAGGGGAGAGAGAGAGAGAGAGAGAUCAUAUUGCUCAUAAUGGAAUUCAGUGACUUAUCAGAUAUACAUAGACCAAGUGUAUAUUAUAUUUUGGUCUGCAUCCUUUGAGUUAUUAUAAGAGGGUAGAUUUUUUUUGCUGUUAUAAGCAAAUACUAGAGUUGAUUACAUAUGGUAUUUGCGUGUGACAUCCAAUAAUAAUGUUAAUGACAUUGCUAUUUUUUACAUUUAUUACUUUAACAGUUUAAAUUUUAAAUGUAUUUUAUUGCUGUUAAAACUGAUAAUAUUUUAUUAUUGAUUGUUGAUGAAGAAUUACACAAUUUAUGUUUUGAUUUAUGUCUAAAGUAUGCCUAUAUUAAAAAGAUGUAUAUUAAAAUUGCUUUAAAACACUAUGAUAAAGCCAAAAAUUAGAACAGAAUAUAGUUUUGGGAACUGGAAAUUGUUUCUGUAAGAUGUAAGAGGCAAAUGAAUUGUCGUGGAGAGAGGGGGUGGGGGGAGAGAGGGAGAGGGGGGGGUUACAAUUUUUUUCACCUUCACAGUUACUUCUUUCUCUCCCUGGUGUGUACUGUAGAAAUCUUUGAUUCCAUAAUUGUGAAACUGCAUGAUUUUUAUCAUGCUGAUUUCUGCAUCAAAGUGUCUUGGGACAUCUGUAGUUAGGGGCACUUAUUCUCUCUCCCAGUAUUGCCUUUGAUCUCACUUGCCAAAAGUAUUUAUAUUGGUAAAUCAGUGAUAUUAUUCAUGAUCUUGCUUAUAAGCCGUUUUUGUAAAUAUUUGUAACUGAAGGGUACGGUCCACACUGAUGGUGAUAAAUCAUUUCCUUAAAAUUACUUUUAAUUUCUGUAUUUUUAUUGGACCAUAGCCAUGAUAAAAGCCUUAAAAAUAGUAAUAAACCAUUUUCCAUUGUAAUUCUACUUCUACAGAUGUAAAAUUUUCAACAUGUACUGUCAAAGGAAGUGAAGUUGAAGUUUCUAGUGUGGGAAGAGAGAUGAAUGAUUGAAAAACUUAAUUGUACCACUGUUGCUGAAUGUAAGGAAGAUAUUUGUAAUCCAUAACUUGACUAUAUAAUGAGUUUAUAGGGAGACAUAACAGUAGCUUACAUGUAACUAUGAGUUGUACUACAUUUAUACAUAUCAAGGUUCAUUUGCAUGUGUAAAUUUAUAAAUAAACGUUUUUACUUUGUUGUAUGUAUUUUAAUAUA